CAAACAAACGGGCGCGCAAACAUACAUACACACACACACACUCACUUGACGAUUUCCGCCCACUGCUCACUUUUUUGUUCAAUACGGCCAACAUUCAAACACGAGAAAGUCACAAAGUUUGUUCUCUUACAACCAAAGUUUUAAUUAACUUUUUCGAUAGCCCUCCUUCCUUCACCAUAUCAAAGACCCCCACACAUAUAUAUAUAUAUAUGUGUGUGUUUAUAUUUUUUAAAAAUUAAAUAUAAAAGCCUUAUUAUAAAUGUGUAAUUUGUGAAUGCAAGAACUGAAGAUGGAAGAACUAGAAAAAGCGAUUUGGCAUGCAUUCAUAUUUCUAGCAGAUAAACAGUCUGGUCUUACACAAAAGUCUAAACUUAAGGUUUUAACCAAUAAUCUCGGAAAUGAAUUAGGAUUUUUAAAAUCGGAAGAAAAGUUAGACAAAUGUAGUUCCACAGAAUUAAAUUUCGAAGAAUAUUUGAAACUGCUAAAAUCAGAAGUUUUUACUGACAGUCAUUUAAGUUUCACACCAAAAGCAGAAUCUAUCAAAGAAAUAUGUUGGAUACUUUGCAAGAAUAAAGUCUGGGAAUUUCCUGAUCAGCCUAAACUGAAAUCUUCCGAUGCUUUCACACUCUGGAAGCUGUUCAAUUUUCUAAGUGAGAGAGAUGAAAACGGGCAAUACAUGUUACCUUUGUCGGUGGACAGAGCUGAGAUUGAACACUUGUUUGAUCGGUUUGGUCAUGUUACUGGUCAACGACCAGACCAGAAAUCUAUGGAAGGUGCAUUAAAUAAAGAAAGUGAAAGAUUUCUUUUCCCAAAAUUACUCAGCCUUUUUCAGAAUCAAUAUCUUAAUAGGCUGGUAGAUGAUGAAAUAUCGAUGGGAUUAAAUGAAAUUUAUGACGAACUCAUUAAGGAUGUUAUGAAAAAGGGAAUGAUGUCAAAGAGAGGUACCCGUGUUGCAACAUGGAAGGAGAGAUUCUUUGUGUUGAAGCCAGCAUGUUUGUUAUAUUACACAGGACCAGACCAAAAGGAAAUGAAAGGGUCCAUCGAUAUCAACCAAUCUUGUGCUGUUGUGCCCACACAAGAAAAAACUUGUCGAUUUAUGAUACGGACAAAAAUCAAAGAUUAUGAGUUGAAUGUCAGUGAUAUGAAAUCAAAGAAUGAAUGGAUUACAGUUUUGCAGAAAGCAAUCGACAAUGAUGAUAAAGAUAUCCAUUACCAUCGUGAUGAAUUGAUUAUAAGAUGCCAGAAUAGAUGGGCCCAGAAACAACGGCUGGCUGAGGAGAGAGAGCAGCAAAAAAUUCGGCAGGAGUUAAUCGAAAUGAAAUCUAGAGAAUUAGAAGAAGAGAAACAGGCGAGAGCCGAAGCAGAAGCAAGGCUUCAGUUAGAGACAGCACUUAGAGAAGCUGAUAAAGACCAUAUGAAGGAACUGGAGCAACUUCUGGAAGAAGAGAGACAAGCUAAGCGUGAUGAAGAAUUAGUGAGAGCUGCUCAAGCUAGAGUAUUACAAGAAGAAUUUGAGAAACGAGAAGAACUUGAAAGACUGAAGGCAAUGCAGGAGCAGCUAUUGGCAGAAGAACAAUCUAAGAGGGAAGGUAUUGAAGACGAAAGGAACAAACAGGCACAGCUUUUGGCAGCAGCCAAACUUCAACUGGAAGAACUUCAAAGAGAGCGCAGUGCCGCUGAUGAACAGCUGCAGAGUGCAAAAGAGAAAAUCAAACAAGUUGAAACCGAAAGAAGCAAAAUGGAACAAAAACUAAAAUUCACCGUCAACCCGAUUGGCUUAGCUCGCUUGGUCCAGCCGAAAUGCCCAACAUUCAUCACCCACCGAGGUUAUGGGGCAUUCCCACUUUAUGAUUUACAGAAAAACCAUAAAAAUAAGUGCCUUAAUAACAGUACUGAAAAUCAGGAAGACUUGACUGACAACGAUGGUGGCCGCAGCAGUAACUAGGAAGUCUUUUUUUUUUGUUGUUUUUUUUUUAAAUUUUAGGAGAGACUAACAGAGAGAGAACAAUGAUUGUCUGGUCUGAUGGUUGAUAUGUCUUGCAAUAUAUUGUCCCCCCUUUGUUUUCGUUUUUUUUUUUUUUUUUUUGUAAUAUCUCUCCCAGUAUAUACAUACAUUACAGGCAUACACAAAUGUAUACAUACAUUCACAUUGCAUACACGUGACACACAUACGAACCAACAUGGGAGUUUGCAAUCUUAAACUAAAGAGAAUUAAAAGGCAGUUGAUUCUCAAGUGUGAGUGUGAGUGUGUGUAUUUGUGUAUAUCAUAAAUAAUUAAUGUUAGUUCUGAUAUAUUAUUUUUUUAAAAAAAAAUGCAUGAAAGAAGUAAAACAAAAAUGAUCAAACAGAUUUGAAGAACAAAUGAAAGAGCUCUUCUAACUGGUAUCUCAACAUGCUAGAAACAGCAGGUCUCUCACAAACCAGACCCUGUAUGUCUUAAAUGAAAUAAAAAAAAAAAAAAGCUCAGCAUGUUGGAUAAUAGUUUUCUACACACUUUCAAUAAAGAAAACAUAAAACAUAAACGGAAUGGUCAGCGCAUAGCUGGGUCACUUGCAAUCAUCAAUGGGUCUGUUCGAUCAGGAGUGGUUUGAGGCUACAUGGUUGUUUGGCCAGGAAGCUAAUUCUUUCUUUAAAUAAAAAAAAAGACAUUACAUAAUGUACUCACACACACACACACACACAGA